AUCCAAGUCCCAAGGUACAGUUGAUGGGGUAAAAUGUAAAGUGUAUUUAACCUAUGAUUAUUAGAAUAUGAGCUUUGUUUCAAACAUAUUCCGCUCUCUCUCUCUCUCUCUCGCCCCAGUCAAUGCCCCUGCCGCGCGCAUUUGCGCCCCUCUUUCGGGCUUCUCCCCUCCACAUUUUCACGCUUUCCACCGUCAACUUAAACCACAGGAUCAAUGAAUGCCUCCGCGACGGCAAUGUCGUUGGAGCCCGCAAGUUGUUUGAUGAGUAUUCCCACUCGAGAAACGUCGUCUCAUGGAACUCCUUGAUCAACGGCUGCUUUAAAACCCGUCAAAUUUCAGAAGCCCAGAAACUGUUCGAUCAGAUGCCUCAAAGAGACGUCGUUUCUUGGAACACCAUGCUUUCAGGUUUUCGGGAUGCACAAAACCCGCAGAAAGCUCACCAGUAUUUCCUUCAAAUGAUCGAACAUGGUUCGAGGCCGAAUGAGCUCACUUUUUCUGUACUUAUGAGCGCAUUUUUUGAUACGGAGUUUGAUGUUUUAAUUCCACAGUUGCAUGCUCUUGUGAUCCAUUUUGGGCUUAAUCUCAACAUUUAUCUAGGGUCUGCCUUAAUGAGGGGAUACAUUGGUUUAGGUAAUUGCCAUUGUUUUCAUAGAGUGUUUGAUGAGAUCUUAGAGAAAGAUGUGGUGCCCUGUAAUGUGUUGAUCUUGGGUUAUAUGGAAUUUGGUUUGAUAAGUGAGGCUAAGAGGGCUUUUGAUGAGAUGCCCGAGAGAAAUGCUUUUUCUUGGAGUAUCAUGAUUAAUGGGUAUAUGAAGAAUAAGAUGGUCAGUGAAGCAAGAGCAGUUUUUGAUAGGCUAAGUGAAAAGGAUGUGGUCUCAUGGACUGCCAUGAUUAGAGGUUGUGUGCAAUGUGAGAAGUUUGCGGAGGCUCUGGAUAUGUUUCUCUUGAUGAUGAACUCUGGAACACGUCCUAAUCAUUAUACUUUUUCAAGUGUUUUAGAUGCUUGCGCAGGUUGUUCCUCUCUUGUUAUGGGCAAUCAAGUUCAUGCGUGCAUCUUGAAAUUUGGUAUUCCUCUAGAUGUGGUUUUAGCAACAUCCCUUGUUGACAUGUAUGGGAAAUGUGGGGAUAUAGAGGCAGCAUUUUGUGUAUUUCAGUCCAUGGUGAUAAAAAAUUUGGUAUCAUGGAACUCGAUUAUUGGAGGUUAUGCAAGACAUGGACUUGCAUCUAGGGCAUUGGAGGAGUUUGAGAGGAUGGUGAAGAGUGGUAUUGUUCCUGAUGAGAUCUCAUUUAUCAAUGCUCUCUCAGCAUGCGGGCAUGGAGGAAUGGUUAAAGAAGGUGAGGAGCUUUUCAACUCCAUGCAAGCAAAGUAUGGAAUGCAAGCAGAGAUGGAACAUUACUCGUGCAUGGUAGAUCUAUAUGGUAAGGCAGGUCAGCUGGAAAAGGCAGAAGAAUUAAUUAAAAGGAUGCCUUUUGAGCCUGAUGUCGUUGUUUGGGGUUCAUUGCUUGGGGCCUGUGGCUUACAUUCCUGUCUGGAGGUUGGUGAGAUUGCAGCAAAUGGAAUAUGCAAACUGGAACAAGAUCACCCUGCAGUUUACUCAGUCCUAUCCAAGAUAUAUGGUGCAAAUGGAGUUCGGAGUGCUGUGAUUCAGCUGGAGAAUAUGGUCCAAAAAUGGCAUGCUAGAAAACAGAAGGCUGGGAGUUGGAUUGAAUAUAAUUCACGUGUCACUUGAUAACCUGAUGGGUUGGUUAUUCAUAUCCUGACAAGUUUUUACAGCCUGGCAGCUUCUUAGCUGUCCCUACGGACUCCCAGACUUUCGGUAUCUUGCCUUAUCAUCUACACUCUCAAGGCUGAGAGUACUUUAUAGAUGCCACACUGAAACCCCACAGCCAAGAAUAGAAUGAGAGAAAGAUGUUGUGAUGAUGAAAAAAAUGAGAGGAGAAACAAGACAGAAAUAGGCCAGUUGAAACAUCAGUUUCAUUUGACAUGCAUUGUGCAUAGCAACCUAAUAGGAGCUUCCUUAAGCUGCUAUAAGAUUUUGACCGCAAUGUUGGAACUUCAUCAUGAUAAAAUUGUGAUCCUAACCAAAACUGGUGGAGAUCUGCCAAUGCAGUCGGUGAAAGCCGUGAUUGUUUUCCAGUCAUGUAGAGUUGAUCCAUAAUUUUGUACAAGAUGAUACUAUUAUCAGCCAUCAGAUAAAGCCAGAUGGAUUGGUUAUACAUACAAUUGAAAUGGUCUCUGUAUUCAGUUGCGCUGAAGCACAUGAACUCCCUGACCUGUCAAUGUAGCAUCCAAAUGCACAGUUGACUGGUAAUCUAAAAAGCAGACCGUUUCCGGGACAAUUCCUGGCAUAUAUCCGGUCAUCCUUACUGUUUAUGAAUGCUGCAAGGUAUAGUCCAGUGAUUGGAUUAUAGCAGCAUCUUGAUGAUUAAUUUUUUGCUGAUGAAGAAAUGAGAACGGGUUGAUGGGUGGUAGAGUCCAUUACAGUAACUUAUUUCCUCAAUCCUAACAGGUGAAGAAGCUAGGAAGUUUAGCAUUUCUUACUUGCAGUUCAAGUAGUCCGCUAAUCUGAAGGAAGGCAACCGCAUGGUUAUAGGAUUCAAAUUGGCAGGGUCCAAAUCCAGAAAAAUCCAUCAAUAAAUGAUGAAAAUCUCUGGGUAAUUCUUCAAUACUACCACCUAUAAUGUUGACAGCAUCUCUGCUGGCAUGUGGUGUUUGGACAUAGAAUCGGGUCCUUGUGAAUGGGCAAAACCAGGUGCUGUUGUUGACUGUUGAAUUUGGUACAAGUUCC